CCUUGCAUUGAGAAAUUAUGAACAUUUUUGCCCGCACUCAGCCACCACCUCAAUGGUCUGCAUCUCUUUGCGGUUGCGGCAACGACGUCGGAACUUGCUGCAUAGCAUGCUGUCUCCCAUGCAUCACCUUCGGCCAAAUAGCGGAAAUGGUGGACGAAGGAAAGAGCUCUUGUGCACAACAAGGUUGCAUAUAUGGGAUGCUGAUGCUGUGUUCAUGCCACUGCCUGCUGUCGUGUGUUUAUAGAGAGAAAUUGAGAGUGAAAUUUGGGUUGCCGGCUGAGCCAUGCAACGAUUGCUGCAUUCAUUUUUGCUGUGAAGCAUGUGCACUUUGUCAAGAACAUGCUGAGCUGAAAAAUAGAGGUUUUGAUCCAUCCAAAGGUUGGAAUCAUGGAACUCAUACUGCACCACCAAGGAUGCCUCCUACCAUGAAGAGAUGAUGAGUACAAUAAAUUGGUU